AAAUACCGUCGAAAAAUAGAGCCGUUGGCCAUGCCAAUAAGAGCAUGAAGUGGCUAAAUGACACAGGGCAAAUAGCUUCCAAAAUCCACAGUAUGGAGUCGUCUAUCGUUCGUCAGGGUCUGAAUAGUACUCCACAUCUGAAGCUCAGCACAUCAUCGAAGCACGGCGCGGACAAUAUCCUGGACCGGACCGUUGGGCGCGGGGGAGAGACAGGCUCAGAGGCCCUGACCGACUUACCACCCCCACCGCAAAAUGAGUCUUUUUGGGAGACUCGUACUCUGCUCUAGUGGUCGUAGCCCGUAUCCACGAGGAGCACGGGGAUUAUCGAGAUUAAUUGGCAUGGGUUAUCAAACUUGGGAACGGCACAGGGCUCUCCUCGUUCGCUCCUUACAGGCCCCGUCAGCGCCAAUAUGCUGGCCCCGCCAAGAGACGCCACUCAACGGUGGGCAAAUUCCUGUGAACAAAACUGUCUCGAGUGCAGCGGGCGGCACUUGUAAAAGGGGGGCUUUUCACGAUUUGUGCGGCUGGUUUCCGAGACUCAUAUCGGCGCCGGCAUGCAUCAGCGAGCUUAUUGAGUCUCUCGCCCGCCAUUCUAGAUUUCUAUAAAAAAAUGCCGUCCACGCGUUCGGCCCCCAAAGUUAUGUUAGUGCUCAAAUCGUGGUGCUCAAAUGAUCGAGAGUCCAUGCAUGUGGAGUGAGUACAUCGGUACCAAUAAUUAGCAGGUGCCAAAUUGGACACAUCUCCACACCAGGAAGGCGCCAGGGGCAACAAAAAGCUGUCGGUAUGACCCCACCCCAGCAUUCGGUCUACGGACGCAUUUGCCAAGCAAUAUGCACUGGCGCAAUAAUCCAUUUUACAACAGGUCUCACCUCACACCCAUCCUCACCGAUCGAUCCCUUAAACGUGUCUGUGAUGGCUCUAAAACCGACGUUUCUCCGCCCAUGGCUAGGCGCCUUUGGGCCGCUCCUUCUGGUUGUUGUGUCACGGUGCUCUAUGAUUGCAGAAGGAGCUCCCUGUCAAUAUCGAAGCCUUGAUCGUCUUCUGUCUCGAUAAUGUCCCAGCUCGGGCACUAACACUCUUCCGUCAACUUGUAAUAACUGACCACUGCGCUUGCUAGGUUUUUUUGCACUACUGAUUCCCUCUUUCAUGCCUCUCAAGAGAGAUAGCGCCACGUGCUAUCCCUUUUUCGGGGCAUACGUACUUUCGGACGAGAGCCCAGGGCCAAUGUGGUUGAAGCGUCUUCAACUAGGCCUUCAGGGCGCCAUACAGUCCGGUCCUUGGUACCGCUACUCGAACCUAUUCUCGCUGUUCCGGAGAUACGAAGACUGUCAUCUGUUCCUGGUGGGCCGUUCUUAUGUCGGGAAUCGUUGCUAAUAGCGAGCAACAGGGCCCAUCAAACUCUUCGAGAAUGUGGAAAUGUGGACGCUUAAGUGGGUAACAGGCAUGGCGCAUCACAACGAAAACCGUUUUGGGGGUUAGACGAGAUUGAGUACUCUCAGCGGGGAAUUUGGUUAUUCAUAAUAUCUGGGGAAUGGCCAAUAUCGGCACAUUACCAUGGAAGCUAUCUCGCGCGACUUCCGCAAUACCGGUAUCAAUAUGCGUUCUUCUCCCUGGCCCCUUUCCUUUUUUUGUUCUUUCAAUUUAAGGAUAAGGGUAGCGUUCCGCCAGAUAGCAUUACAGACAUCAAGCAAGAUAUAAUAACUCGAGCCGUUUCAUUUUCUUCUCGUCACUCCAGCGGCCAAUUCAGUUUCCAUCUCCUGUUUUAUUACCUGUCUUUCCCACCGCCACUCGCCACUACUCCUUGUCUGAAUACAUUUUGCGACUGAUCCCUGGCGGCUAGAGUUGCCACUGGCUUGCACAGUGGUAGCCUGUGCCCAGACACCCCCCCCCAUCACCGCUCUAGCUGUUGUUACUUAAUUCCAGAUUGCCGGCACGCCUCAUCCGGGACUUCCCUUCCACCUAAAACAGUGUGGAGCUCCCAUUCAAGCUUCUCCAAUGUCAUUGUUAUGCUUAGGUAUCUAGCCUCCUCUUUCUUUCCACGUUUCCUGCUCUCCGCCCGCCUUGCUAGUUAGGGCUUGCCCGAUAGUCUCCAGCCCAUUUCAAGACAUGUGCGGGCGUCGUUCACAGCAUUCUCACUUACGAUGGAAGAUAUAAAACCAGAGGAGCCUGGAUCGACUGGAACUUCGUUAUGGAACGGCUAUCGAGUCCCCCUCCCGGCGCCAAUGUCGCGAUUCUCCCAUCAUUACGAGCAGAGUGCUCCAGUAUCGGAACCGCAAGAAAUACUGUACAGCAAUAGCGCAAAGGAUCCCUACAGCCCAUCGACACAGCACCAGCAACCACAGCAGCAACAACAAAAUGACAUGCUACCACGCCGAGGCAGCGAGUCUCUUGCUGUUUUUGGAGUCUCCAAGCUGAAUUCAGGAUUGACUUCCCAUCGUAGCUAUCCAAGCCUUAAGAGGCCGCAUGAGUCGUUCGACGAGCACUCGUACGCCAAUGUUGCCUCCUCCCUGCACGAAAGCAUACCGGAGUUCGACGAUUCGACUAAACCAACGAUUCAAUCCGAUCAUCGCCUACUGUCGUUUGAGCCUUUGUUGCCACAUGGGCAUACCGUCCUGGACCAAUAUGGAGCGCCCGCCAAACUGGAGGUUGUUGCGCAAAUACAUGGCAUGUUCUUUUUAUCUGAAAUAGCAACCCAUGCUGGUGACAACAUUAUCAUGCAGCCAGAACUCACCUGCUACCGGCGCAACCUCUUCCAGAUAUCAGGUUCCGUCACAUGCCCAGCGGGACCUCUGUCAGUCGUCACUGGCCACGGCGAGUCUAUGUCUAUUGUGUCGCAUGAGAUUACAGUUUCAGCUACAGAAUCUGUGGAUGGACACGAUAUCCGACUGAUUGUUAUACCAUGGAAGACCCCACCAGCCAAUUCCCCGGAUCUCCCAUCUGGCCAAGAGCAGGAGCCAGCGGCUAUAUCAAUUGACAGCCUUGGGAAUGACGACAAGAACAAUGAGACGGUCUCUCAACAAAUAGCAUGGAGGAGACUCCAGUUCCGUGUUGCAACAGCCAACAAUGGUCGUAGGAAAGAACUACAGCAACAUUUUGUAUUGCGCCUAAAACUAAUAUCCACGCUGUCCGAUGGAUCGAGGGUGUGCACAGUCGAAUCGGCAACAGCGCCCAUUGUGGUACGGGGACGAAGCCCCAGAAACUUCCAAGCCAGAAAAGAAAUACCGCUAGUAGGAUCGUCAGCUUCGCCAAGGGGCCAUAAUUCUCGCGUGUCUCCAUCUCAGAAGAAAGAUCCCUUGAUGGCGGAUAGACCCGGCAUCGCGAAGCCUACGAUGAUGGAUUUACCGAAACGCCCAUUUCAGUUCGAUACUGUCAACUUUCCUCCGUCUCCUCUGAUAAUCCGCGGCGGCUAUCCACAGUGGAAUCAAGCGCAGCAACACCCUGGGCACGCCGCAUCAGUCACAUCGACGUUUCCGCAGCCAAGCAGCAGCAUAUCUGCAUACCACAACGAACCCCAAAGAAUACAUGCGGUUCAGGAUCCGCCCUCUCAUCACGGACUGCCAGAGCUAACCUCACCGAUUGAGUCUUCAUCGCGGCAUUUCUACACGCCCCCAACGUCGUCACCUGCGCAAUUUGACCCUAACCCGCGUCCAAUGAAGUCUCCACGACAUACGGAGGUGCCCCACAGCUCGGUUUAUCAGCAAUUCGAAACCUCGUAUGGAAAUAACCUUGCGGGCAACCAAAAUCGCCUGUACUAUCCUCAUGCGCCAGCUCCACCGCCAUGGUCAGGCACCGAGCCAGAUGGGCCAAGCUAUAGCACGGCUAUGCACCUACCACCCCAACAGCCACUCCAACAUCAAACCCAUCAGACAGAACAUCAGCGGCAGCCAUCCCAGGAUUACAACUUUGCUUCAGAAGCAUACGUUGAUGCUAGGGACGACACCCAAAAUAUCGGAUACACAUGGAGCGCCGCUAGCUGAUUCAUAAUACACAUUCCAAACAUUUAUCAACGAGAAAAACACGAGUACGAGCCACGAUAUACCCCUUUGUACCAUAGCCGGUUAGCUAUCUACUCCAAAAUUAGCGUUUUGACGUCUGUUUUUCGAUUUUUUUAUAUUAAUCUUCUUGUUCCUCGCCAUUUUCUUGUUCUGUAAGCGAUGAUAUAGCUUUGAGAUGCGAGCAUUGUCCAGCGUCGGAGUUAUAGUGGCUUACAACUGGAAACAGGGAAGGGUUUUAGGGAGGGGAGCAGGAGAUCGGCGUAUUGCCAAUUAUCAUUAUUUGGUGAAUCUGUGUCCAGCUUGAAAUUGUUUACUCAUCUUGGGUCCGGUUCAGAGAUUGGAAGGAAAUGUAUUUCAUUACACGGAGGGGAUGGGAGCAGGGGAUAUAAAGGAUCUGGGAGGCGAAUCUUCCAUACCUACAGAACAAUAUAUCAUAUUCAUG